CGAUUUGCUUUAGAGAAGCAACGAUAUGACUAACAAGCAUUCUGACAAAAGAUCACAGAGAAGGCAGGGCGCGAAAACAUGUCUAUCAUCAAGAGGAGGGAGAGAUAGCUCAGUGAAAGACAUUUUGGCAAGGUGAACCUUGACGGUCCCAGUGAUCUGCGUACUGUUGAUUGUGAUAGUGAUCUUCCUGAUAGGAAUGUGUGCCCUGCAUGCAAGCAGAAGGAAAAUAUUUACUGAGCAAAAAUGCUUCCUCAUAACAACCACCUCGCGGAAAUAGCUUGUGAUAGAAACAGAAUGUUUUGACUCAGCACACAGCGUGGUGCAUGAAAGAGUGACAGGACAACGAUAAUGAGAUAUUGUGGUGAAAUGCUGCUACUAGUGUGUGUUGAAGUUGUUUGUACAGGAGGAUUUUGUAAACAUGGAUUUGAUGAAACGAUUGAUACCGGAAAUGGAUAAUUAUAUCACAGUUAAGGAGGAGCCACACUGGACGGACAUCAGUAUCUCAUUCAACUUUCCUUUCUGCUUAGGAGCAGGUGGGGCACAGUAGGCAGUAAGCUCCAAACUUAAAGGACUGUUUAUUUGAUUGUUUAUUCAUCCAUAUAUCCUGAGUGCAAUGGCCAGACUAAUAUCUAUUUGUAUUUGGCUGUUAUCAGUUGUAGACUCAUCUCAGAUGUCGAGCCAUCUCAUCAUUGGGAUUCUUGGAAAGUCCAUCAUGUUGCCUUGCAGCCUGAAUUCCUCUGCACCCGUUGUCCCAGCAAGUCUCACACUCUACUGGACAGCAAGACUCAAGCACCAGAAGGAGGACCAAGUGGUCCAUGCCUUAUACAACGGGAAAGAGAACAACGACCCCCAAUUUCCAUUCUACAGAAACAGGACGCAAAUCUUCAAGGACCAGCUUUCUUCUGGGAAUUUCUCCCUAUUGCUCAAAGAUUUAAGGGUUGAAGAUGACCUCACAACUUUUUUCCUCUUUUAUCAUCAAGAGGAUGGAAAUUACAACACACUUAACCAAAACAAAGAGAUGUGCUUGACCACUGUAAAAGUAGCAAAAAGCUACCAUAAACCCAUUGUGACAGUGAACUAUGAAGAAUGGAAGGCAGAAUGCACUUCUCAGGGAGGCUACCCUAAACCUAGACUGACCUGGACCAAUCAGAACGGCUUACUAGACCCCGAGGUUCCUCAGAUUGUUCAGGAUCCAGGAAGUGGAACAAUGAACAUUUCCAGCACGGUGAACAUCACAGAGAAUCAGACUGUGACGUGUGCCAUCUUCAACCCGACUCUGAAAGAGACCUUGAACACCACAAGAUCAACAGGCGAGGAGCAGGUGGGCCUCUCGAGCGGCAUAAAAGCAGGGAUUGGUGUUGUUGCUGUUGCUGUGAUUGGGUCAGCACUGGUGUUUGUCUGCUGGAAAAGUGAGUCAUGCAAUUGUUAUCUUUCAUCACAGUUGAGUUUCAUGUCACAGCGGAAUCUCCUGAAUGAAUAUGAUGACAUUAAGCAACUCUCUCUUUGUCACUCCAGAGAGCAUGCAACAGAAUGGUGCCGAUACACAGGAGAUGGGCCCACUACGACAUAGUGUGUGCUCCAAUGUGUGCUUUACUACAAAGUGUUAAACUGGUAAUGUAGAUCAAAUAUUGAUCUAUAGAAUAUUUUUUUUAAUCAAUGUUACCAUUUGACCCUUAAACCUUUAAUACAUUUUCAUCCCAGGAUGUGACUGAACACAGUGCCACAGUGCUGUUAGGAACAAGGUCACUCAAGAAUAGGGUUCUCUAGCUACUAAAAUACCUAACCUCAAUUUUGAUUGAUUAUUUGUUAGUACAGUUGAAGUCGGACGUUUACAUACACUUAGGUUGGAGUCAUUAAAACUUGAUUUUCAACCGCUCCACAAAUGUCUUGUUAACAAACUAUAGUUUUGGCAAGUCGGUUAGGACAUCUACUUUGUGCAUGACACAAA